AUGUCUGGAUCCGUUCUGACAACAAGAGAUUUUUUAACACAACUUGCUGCUGAGCAAGGAUUUCCUCAAUCAAGAAUUGAACCAAUUAUAGAAAAACUCACCAAUGAAUGAUAUGAUUCUGCAGAAUCUCUUAAAGAGCUUUCAGAUGAGCAUUGGAAUCAACUAGGAGUACCUGUACGUGUAUCUGAACUAGUAAAAAAGCGUCUUAACGAUCUAUCCAAUCAAAAUCAGCAAGCUACAGUCGAAUCUACAGCAUCUCUGCUGCACAGGCUGCUAGAAUACUUCCUUUCUCGUGAUAAUGGACAUCAAAAUUUAAGGGAAACCAUCGAAACUCUCCAAGUCAUAAUCUAUAAUAUAGCUAUCACAAAUCCUAUAGACGACAGAGUCAGAAGGCUAAAAAAAUCCAACCCUAAAUUCAAUGCAAAAAUAGGCCAACAUCAUAUUGCUAUUGAGUAUCUCAAAAAAAUAGGAUUUACAGAUGAAAGGGAAAACUAUUAUAUGCCACAAGUAGAUUUCGAAGAAAUAAACCGCGCGUUGGACGAAGUCAAUGAAAUUGCAGAAAACAUCGGGCUACCUCCAAAACUUGUCCCAAGAACUGAAGUUACCCCAGAAGUGUUUAAUCCUUAUAAGCCUGCAAUUACUAAGACCAACCCAGAUAUGCCAAAAAUUAACUCAAGAGAGCAUGACCCUAUAGCCAUAACUGAAGCUAUUAAAAAACUUGAAGAAAAUCAUGAUCAAUUAGCCAGACAAACUUCAGUCAGCAGAGACCCUGUUGUGUAUAGAAUUAGUGAUGGAAAUUUAAAUGCAACCCUGGCCAAGCUGAAUGAAGAGGAAAAAAAUAGGUCUAAUCAGGAGGAUGAAGAAAGGCAGAUAAAUUUGAGAAACAUCCAGAGAGUUAUGAAAGAAAGAGAAGAGCUAUCAAAAUUCCACAAUAAAAGGAAAAAACAGCUGGAAACUUUACAAAGCAGAGAAAUCUAUACAAGAGCUUUAAUAAGGAUUCGAUUCCCAGACAGAACGCUUUUGCAAGGCACUUUUUCAGUAAAAGAAACAGAAAGAGACAUCUAUGCUUUUGUAGCAAGCUUUUUGGCUCAGCAAGGCCGGAAAUUCCACCUUUUCUUUUCACCUCCAAAAACAAUAAUCAAAGCUACCACAAAAGAUCUUAAAAGUUACGCACCAGCCACUUUAUUAAGCUUCGCCUGGAAUGACGUAAAUGAAACACUUGGAGAGCAUGGGCCAUUCUUAAACGAAGACUGUCUUAAUAGAAGUCAAUCUUUAGGGUAA